AUGGCUACCGAAAGAGCCGUCGCCGUCCAGCUGACGGAGGACUGGACACUGGAAAAAUCAUCUCUCGCCUUUCUGUUCCAUCCGAGCACUCAGCCCUUUCGAGAACUCAAGAAGGACACCAGGGCUUGGCUUCAUAUUAGUAAGAAGAUCGAUGGGCAUGAUGGCAAUGAGUGGGCCAUCAUCACACCCCUCAAAUCGACAUCGGAAGGACUCGUCGAGAUGUUUCCUGGCGAUCAUUCCAAAGUCGAGAUUCCGUACAAAUUUCUUCGAGUCGGACUCCGCGUCAUCAAAGAUUGGGGACUCAGCAAUGGCGAAUCCGACCUGGCAAGACAGGUGAAUCCCACAAAGGUCUUUAGAAAGAACGACAUGCUCGUAUGCGACGAACUUAGCACCACCCUGCUGGGUUCGAUCAAGGUCAAAGUAGCCACCCUCAGUGCUCAACAUGGCUUCAAAGCAGCACCGCCACUUUACACUAUCCAUAGCAGCUAUGUGGACUACGGCUAUGAGAAGGCCGAUAACUGCGUCAACAACCGUCAGUUGGGAAAGCGAAGUUCGAGUCAGAUGAACUAG